CUGUUCCGCGAGGUCCUUGCAUUGCGUCCGCAGUGCCAUCCGGAUCAUCCAUUAUCUCUAUAUAAUCUCACCGAAGCGCUGACUUGGCGCCACAACAAGAAAAGUACUGCUGCCGCGAUUUGCGAAUCCGCCAAACUCUAUCAUGAGCUACUGCCUCUCUGUCCAGAGGGCACCACCUUCGUAGCAUCGCAGGGGCAAAUGGUGUCGAUUAUGUGAUCAACAGAUGCAACAAUCUUCCGAUAGACACAUCUGAUGAAGGCAUCCACCUUCGACGAGUGGUCGUCGAGCUCUGUCCUCUGGGCCAUCAACACCGUCCCAGAGCACUUUACAAGCUUGCGUGGGUUCUCAGAUCACACUUUCGACAACACGGCAGUAUUGAUGAUCUUGAUGAGCAUACAACUUGGUCGUGAGGCCGCGUCUCUAUGCCCCGAGGGACAUACUGACCGUGCUUACUACCUGCACAACUUGGCCUUCUCGCUCACAUACCGCUUCGAUCACCAAGGCAAACCUAAUGACCUCGAUGAGGCCAUCUCUUUGUAUGAAGAAGGCUGCGCCUGUGCCCUGUUGGGCACCAAUAUCGUGAUACCUCAUUGGACAACCUAGGGCGCCCUCAUCAGCCGUUUCAACAAACG